AUGAUCGACCUCGGCCAGCCCUCGCUGUUCAUCGCAGCCGGCGCAAUCCUCUUCAACCCGCUCUUCUGGAACUACAUCGCACGCAGAGAACACGCCACCCGAUUCCUCUCCUCCGCCUGCGGAUCCCCCCAUCGAGCAUGCUACCUCCUCGGCGCAGUCAUCUUCGCCAUCGGACUCAUCAGAGACCAUCUCUUUAAGCAGGCACUAGACAACCAGCCCAGCCACCCUCUCCUCAGCCACCCCGCCAUCCAGCUCCUCGCCAGACUCGCCUUCGCAGCCGGCGCCACCCUCGUCGGAUCAUCCAUGUGGGCACUCGGCAUCACCGGCACCUAUCUCGGCGACUACUGCGGCAUACUCAUGGACCACGUCGUCCAGGGCUUCCCAUUCAACAUCACCUCCAGCCCCAUGUACAGCGGAUCCACACUCUGCUUCCUCGGAACGGCACUCAGCUAUCGAUCACCGGCUGGCAUCCUCCUCACAGCGAUCGUCCAUCUCGUCUAUCGCAUCGCACUCAGCUACGAAGACCAACAUCUACCGCCAACGAGAUCUCAAAUCAAAACAUCACUAGACUCAACUCCUGACUCAACCAUCUGUAUAUUACACAUCAACUGGCCGGUGUAA